AAAUUACCUGUAUUACAGUAUAUGAUGUAGCUUUCCAUCUGUGUAAACAAUGUGCAAAGUAAUUAAACCAAAAAGCACACGAUUUAUAAAGUUAUUGGCUUCUAAAGUAAGGAGUCGACUCUGAAUCGCUGAAACGAGUCGUUAUAGAUUUCAAAUCUUUUGCCCAUCUCUAUGUACGUCACUAGAACACUUUGCAUAAUAAUCUCCGCCUACCGUCUUGGGAGAAACGGAACUCUGACCUGCCCCACCCCCCCACACAGACGCUCUGGUUAGCAGUUGGUGUGAUAGCAUCAUGUCGAGGAGACAGUGUGUUUUUAAUUGUAAAGGCAAGUUUGUUUUAUUUUCACUGCCAAAGAAUGAAGAUCAGAAGAACCAAUGGCUAAAAUUCAUUUUCACCACAAUACCAGAGCAGUACAACAAAUUCCUUUUGUUGUGUUCACAACAUUUCACUGAUGACUGCUUUUCUAAUCUCGGUGAGUUCAAGGCGGGAUUUUCAAAGCGUCUGGCCAUAAAACAGGGUUCAUUACCAACUUUAUAUGGACCAACAAGCUUCUCCGAAUCACAACCUAGUACAUCAAAACAGAUUGAAUCACCCAAAAGCUUGUUCGUGGAGGUGGAAUGUCAGACUGAUCCUCCACAAACAAUGUCAGUGGGAACACAGACAGAACUGACAAAGAUGUCUGUUGGCACACAUCUGUCUACUGGUACACUGAGAGAAACACACACUGGGAGCAAAGGAUUACAAGCAACAGUUUCUUUUAAAAGUGAUGGCACCGAAACCACUGCAGCUGUUUAUGAUGUACCAUUUUCAUCAACACCUGUAAAGGCUACUGGAUUUCGACCACAUAAAAGACCUAGACUGGACUUGGAGGAGGAAGAAGAGGUGGAGGAAGAAGAAGAAGGGUUUGUGCAGAGGACAAUCUAUGGUGAUAAAAAAUUCGUUGUGUUUGAAACCUGCCUGCGUGAGCUGUUUGCCACAUGCCCGAUAUGUAAACACAAGUGUGAUGUAAGUCUACGCCGGGUUGGUACAUAUGUGGCAUUCCUCCAGCUUUGCCCCAAGUGCAGUUACCGCAAGCAAUGGGAGAGCCAGCCCACUGUUGGUAGUAUGCCCGUCGGAAACCUUCAGUUAUCUGCAGCCACGUAUUUUACCGGAGGAUCAUUCAUCCAAGUGCAAAAGAUUUGCAAGGGCAUGCAAUUACAGAUUUUCACGCAUGAAACAUUCCGGAGACAUUGCAGGAGCUUCCUAGAGCCUGCCAUAAUCCACAAAUGGAAAAGUGACCAACAAAAACUUUUCCAGAAGUUUAGACAGAGUGGAAACAUUGGCCUUGCCGGAGAUAUGCGUGCUGACUCACCUGGACAUUCAGCCAAAUAUGGGAGUUACACGUUGAUGCACACAGAGAGCAGCACUAUUUUGGACAUACAACUUGUUCAGAGUAAUGAAGUCGGCGGUAGUUCCCAUAUGGAGAAAGAGGGCCUGAAGAGAUGUCUUGAUCAUCUAGAGUCAAGUGGCUUAACAGUCGGCUACAUUGUGACUGACCGUCACACUCAGAUACAGAAAUAUUUGAGAGAACGCAGCAUUAAUCAGUUUUACGAUGUGUGGCAUUUUGAGAAAGGUCUCUCAAAGAAGCUUAAGCAACUAUCAAAAAACAAGAAGUGUGUAGUUUUGAAGAAGUGGCUUCGUAGCAUAAGGAACCAUGUCUACUGGAGUGCUUCAACUUCUACAACAGGACCAGAGAAGGUGGCUAAGUGGACAUCCAUUGUGAAUCACAUUCAGAAUGUGCAUGUGCACGACAGCCCCAUCUUCCCAAAGUGUGCCCAUCCAGACCGUGUGUCCAAGAAUGCUGCGAAAUGGUUUCAUCCAGCAUCGCUGGAACUCCACAAAGUUGAGAAGGUUCUCUGCAACAAGAGGGUUCUCAAAGAUGUGGCAAAGUUAAGUCACCACUUUCAGACAUCAUCGCUGGAGGCUUUCCACAGCUUGAUACUGAAGUUUACACCCAAAAAUGUAGUGUUUCCUUUCAUGGGAAUGUUGUGCAGAUUGUUCCUUGCAGUUCUACACCAUAACGAGAACAUUGGUCGAGAACAAGCAACAACUGCAACAGGGAAACCAUUGUACAAAGUGUUGUUUCCCAAGUCUAAGAAGGGAGAACCCACUGCAAGGCCACUGAAAACAAAGCCUACAUACAAUUACGUUGAUGACCUAAUGAAGCUCGUCUUCGAGGAGGUUAUAGUAGACCCUGCACCUUUUGUUGAGGAGCUACAGGCAAUUCCUGUUCCCAUGGCCAUUUCUGCCGAGUUCGAGAGACCCUCGAAGGAGGAAGCAAUUGCUCGCCAUGUAUCCCGGUUCAGUCGAGAGGUGGCCGAAAGCCGACAUAGCGACCAGCCAGAUCUGGAAACUCCUGGCAUAUCCGGGAUACAACACAAGAAGGAAUGACCACUUGACGUGUCGGCCUAAGAAGCCCCAGCAAAUAUGCCAAAUGUCGGAAUUGCCUAUUUUUCAAAGAGAAGACAUUCUUACUAAAUUUCUACUUGUAAAUAAAAAUAUAUCUUUUUACAUAUAAAGUUUAUUUCAUUACAAGUUUUCAAGUCAUUGAUUGUCCUUUAGAGGCAAUUAAAGUUGUUGUUUUAUU